AUGAGCAAUAACAAAUUCUUAAAAAGAUCAAAAACAGGCUGCAUUACUUGUAAAAUAAGGAAAAAAAGAUGUGAUGAAAAUAAACCAAUUUGUGGAGAUUGUAAAAGACUUAAAAAAAAUUGUGUUUGGGCAAAACCUGGUAUGUCUCUUCAACAAAUAAGAGAAAUUAAAAAAAAAGUAGAACUAGACGAAGAAAAAAUUAAAUUGAAGAAAAAAAUCGAUUUAUUAAAGAAAAAAAAUAACAAUCAUACACCUUUUCAACAGCGGCAAAUACCCAAACCCAAGUUUGAUUUUACGCCAUUAUAUCAUUUGCCGAGUAAUUUAUUCGAUGUUUGCCCAAUUGGAAUGAGAUUAUAUGAUUAUUUUCGUGAUAAGCUAGCCAAAAUUAUUUGUAUCUCGCCUCAGUCAAAUAACUAUUAUUUGUCAAUUUUUUUACCAAUGGCACAUUCCGACCCAGGGGUAUUAUAUAGCAUAAUAGCUUGGUCAGCAUUUCAUUUAGGUGGAACAUAUGAAGAUCUUGGGCAUUCGUAUUUAAAGAAAGCAUUGGACCAUAUUAAAAACAAUCCAUUGAUAAGUAAUAAUGACGAUGACGAUGAUGACAUCAAUUAUAAUAAUCAAUCGGUUAAUGGGAAACCCAGAUCACUAAAUGAGAAGGAUUUUUUGAUACGAUUAUCAAAUUAUUUAAUAUUAUGUGGAGCAUUAAUCUGUGAUGGAGAUGUUAAAUUAUGGAGAACAUGUCUUGAAUAUGGAUCAAAAUUAAUUAAAUAUCAAGGAGGAUUUUUAAAGUUAAUUUAUAGUAGUUCGAUUCAAAAAAAUUGGUUGGCCUUGAAUUUUCAUUACCAUGAUAUUGCAUCUACUGAAAGAGGGACGUUUUUUCCUUCAGAGUAUCGUGAACCACUUUUUAAUUUUGAUGAUAAUUUCUCAACAUUGACAAUUCAGAGUCAUAAUUUAAUGGGAAUUGAUCCAUUACAUGGAUGUUGCCAACCAUUAUACCAUGUCAUCUCAGAGAUCAAUGCGCUAGCCUUGAAAUGUAAAAGGUUGAUGAGACAAUUAUUGAAUCAAAUUAUGGAUAAAAGUUUUGAAAUUCUAAACAAGAUUGAUAACUUGGUGCCAAAUUUUUCGGAUUUAGAAAAAUUGGAUAAAAAAGAAUUAGAGUUGCAAUUAACAUUAUUUGAGGUGUUUCAGUUCACUUCAAAGAUCCAUUUAAAGCAAAGUGUCUUGAGGUUAAAUUCUUCAUGUAUUGAGAUUCAAUUUUUGGUGAGUGACUUGUUGAAGAGGUUAGACAUAAUUUUAGAAACGUCAGUUGAAGGAUCAUUAUGUUUUCCAUUAUUUAUUGCAGGAAUGAAUUGCACCCGAGAAUUGGAUCGAAACUUGAUGCUAAAGAGAUUUAACGAUUUGAUUGAUAGAUAUCGUUGCAAGAAUGUGCCACGGAUAAAGAUGAUUAUGGAAAAAGUUUGGAGUUUAGAUUACAAUGGAAGUAAAAACAUUGAUUGGUACGAUGUUGUGAAGAAAGUUGGAUGGGAAUUGAGUUUUGCUUAG